AUGUCAGUUUCAGCUCUAAUUUGCUCGAGAAUGGUGGUGGUGCCUAUCCAUUCUUCUCUCUCCUCGUCCAGUGUCGGCGGUGGUGCGACCAAGGUGGCACCAGGAGUGGGCGGCGGCGUUGGUGGCGUCAGGGUAGUGAUAGAGUCCUCAUCGCGGCCACAGAAGAAGGCAACGAAACACCACAUGAAGACUCGACCCCGCAAGUCUCAGGCUUGGGACAUUCGACGUGGGCCCACCGUUUACCCUCCUCUUCCUCCGCUUCCUCCUGAGUGGACUCUCGUCACGGAUGAUGCUGUUGCUGAAACUGCUGUUUGUUCUCCUCCACAGCUGCCCAAGACCACUCAGUCAGGGAGUGGGGUUGCGACCUGGGAGUUCAAGGGGUUGGCAUUGGAGGGGGUUUGCUUGAGGGAGGAGUGGGGUGGUGCCAACGAUGAUUGA